AUGGCCAAGAAAAAGAACUUCCAGCCAAAUGGCUCACAUUCUGAGCACUUCGCUCGCUUCUUCAUCUUCAAAGCGCAAGAAGCCAAAGGCCUUGGCAUCUCUGCUCUUGAAGCUGAUUACUCUUGGGAGACCUACCUGAACGAGAACGAAGUCCAAGUCCAAGCUUGUGCUCAAGACCAUCCUGGGCCUGACGACGACACCACCAAGAAAGUGCGUUCGAAUUUCCACCGUCAAGCCACUCGCUUCAAGACUUGGCUUGUUUCCGGUGCUGGAUACCCUGCCUCCUUUCAACGCGACUCUGGUUUGACUGACUCUGGCCUCGCCGGUAGCUGUGCCAACAACCCCCAGCAACCAGGAGAUCUUGGAGAAGACGAUCCAGAGGGAGCAGCCAAAGAGCCCAAUCCUGAUCCGGACAUCCCUUUUGCUGGUCCACCUGACGCCGAGGAACCGGAACCACCCAAGAAGCCAGCCAAGAAGCAGCCAAAGACCAAGACCGAAGAGGAUCUCCACGGUGCAUUUGAGAAUUUGGAUUUAGACUUGACCGAAACAGAUAUGAAGCUCAAGAUGUUUUCGCUUGAGGAGGUGAAGAUCCGCGGUGGUGUUGUGAAGAUGUGCAACAUCCUGGGAGUCCAGAUCCGUGUGCCCCCUGGUGCCGUGCUGAGUACUUUGCAUAUCCAGCCGUCCUAUCAGGAUCCCAAUCAGGUCAAUGUCGAAUGUGAUAUUGCCCCUGAACUCAGCAAGGGCAGCUCCCUUUGCAAGCAGCGCUGGAAGGACCAGAAUGUGGAUUUGGCAGCCCGCAUUGCCACCCAGAUUGAUGAUGUGUGCUGGAUGGACACUGCUGCUGGCGUUGAUUAUGAGAAGGAGGAUGUAACUGUGUCCUGGCCGGAUGGGCGGAAGAGUGAGCUUGUGGCUCUUGAUCCAUGGGCGCUUGGCCUCCGUGAACGCCCAGUUCGGGAUCAUCAAUCCCUCUAUGAGAUUGAUCACAUUGCCUCCACUGGCAGUGGUGCCACAGUUGCACCAUCCUACGUGGUCACUGUCUUCUUCAAGGAAGACAAGCCUCACCAGUUCCGUGGAAAAAGUGGUGGACUCCACAUUGAUGGAUCGUGGGACGAAUGUGAUGACGACGACUACCAUGACUUCGACAAUUUUGGUGGUGGAGGUGGCCGUGCCAAGAAGCCCCGUACCACCCCCAAGAAGGGUGGUGAUGAUGACGUUAACAUGGAUGGAGGCAAGCCCUCUACUCCUAAGAAGCGGGCUGCCACUCCCAAGAAGCCUCCGGCUUCUUCCUAUUUUGGCUUCAUGUCUUUCCUCUUUGGCUAA